AUGCUGGCGGGUUGCCGUGCUUUCGGGGUGGCGAUCCUGACCCUGAGUCUUGGAGCAGGGGCGACUCGGCACGAGCAUCCGGCGGCUUUUCUCGGAGUCCGAGGUGCCCAGGAACUCCGAGUGGGGAUGGUCCCCAGUGCCAUCAGCAGAGCGAUUCAGCACGCCCUGAGGGAUUCUAGGUCCCACUUGAAGGCCUUGACCGCAGCAGAACAAGCGGCAGCCGAGAAGCAGGCGACGGCCGAUGGUGCCUUGGCCAAGAAGGUGGCACUCGAAGAAGACAAGCGCAAGCAGGAGGAAGCCUGCGAGGAGGAGGAGAAGAAGAGCCGGGAGAACAGGAUGAAACUCGAGAAGGCAAGCGAAGAGCACGACCUCCACUCGGGGGCUCUCGACAAGGCCCGCGGCUUGUGGAACAAGUUGAGCGAAGAGCUGGAAUUCCUCCGGAAAGGUGUGUCGCAGCAAGAGAAGACUCUCAUGGAAAGCCUCUAUGAGAUGGAAACGGCGCUGGAUGCCAAGAAGCAGGAGCUGGAAGCAAAAGAAAACGAGACUAUGGCUGCAGAACAGGACAUGAAGGAGAAGGAGGACAAGGCCAAGGCUGCCGGAAAAGUGAAGAAGGAGUAUGAAGAGCAACUGGUCGAAGCCGAGAAGAGGUCCAAGCAAGCGCAGGAGGCUCUGCAGGAGAUCAGGGCCAAGGCGGAGGAAGCAGUGGACGAGGUCAUCAAAGCAGAGAUGGAGCAGAAGGAGGCCGCCAGUCAGCAAAAGGAAGCACAGGCUCUUCACGACAAAGGGGCCCAGAGUUCAGAGCUGCUUCAGAAGUUGAAAGCUGCGGUGGAGGACUUCUUCAACGCGAUCGACGCUCUGGAAGCGAGCAUGAUGAAGAAGAUGAGUGCGCAGGGCAACGCCAAGGCACACGAGCUCAUCCUCCUUGAUGAGAACUUGGAGCCAACUCUCUCGAAGUACAACCUUAUGGUGGUGGCAUUCGACGAUGUGUGGACAUAUGGCGACGGUUCCUACGCGAAGGUGGAGCCUGCCAUCGCACAGAUCGUGGAGGAUGCCAAGGCUGAUUUGGAGCUCAUUUGCGACCCAACACGGCAAUUCGGAGAGUCCAUGGCAGAAAGUCCCGAGUUGGAGGAAAAGUGCUGGACCGCACUUUGGCGUAAGAUCGGUAUGAAUGAAGGUACCUUCCCCGGCGAGAAGGGCGAGGUCCCGGGGAGCGCUGAUGUAAAGACGAACAAUGAAAUGCCCACAGAGGAUUCGCAGAUCAUGGAGAGCCCCAAGGCCAAGCGUGCCGCUACCCUGUCCGGCUCGGGGGAGGAGUCGACCAGUCUCAUGCCCGCCAUGGAGUCGGCGAAGGAAUUGGACAUGUACAUGGAGACCACGGCCACGUCGACGACAAACGGCGACAUCGCCGACCUCCUAGCCAAGGAUUCCAUGACUCCCGAAAGCCCGGCGAAGAGCAUGGAAGUAAGUGCAGCCACAACAACGACGAUUGGAGAUGUCGCAGACCUCCUCGCCGAGGAUUCUCUCUCACCUGCCAAAACCAUGGAAAUCAGUGCGGAGACCAGCACAUCAACCACGCUUGGCAAUCUUGACGAUCUCCUAGCCGAGGAUUCAAUUUCGCCCAAGAGCCCGGCGAAG